CACUGGGCCACGGCGACGCUCUCCCAUUGGCUAGUCGAUUAGGCAGCAGCCUUUCGCCCCGGACGCUCUCUUCAGAGUUCUGGUCCGCUCAAUUGUCGCUCCCGUUCAGCGCAGCGGCGCUCUCUGUCUCUCUCCACCCGGUGCUCGUUUGGCUGCUGGACUCUCUCUCUCACACUCUAGGUACUGCGUAAGGUGCUCAGUGCUGGGCUGCUUUUCUAAUCAAACCUCGAUGACCUUCGACCCCCGGUACACCAACAACCGCCUCUUCCUCGCUCGCGACCACCACACGCCUCUUCUCUCUCCUUCCACCCACCCUCAAUCCUCGACCGAAUCCUCUUCCUCCUCCUGCUUUUCUUCCUCUUUUUUUGCUCUCCUCGAUUUCUAGGAUAUCCAAGCCGCUUCCUCGACACCAAACCCAGUCCCGUCUCGUCCCACUGAGGCCGCCGCACUUCAGUCCGCUUCUUCGUCUCUUGCUCUUUCUCCCGGAUACACAUCAUCCUCAGAGAAUAUCGCACACAGCAAGCAGCUCAGACUAUCUACGUCUACUUUCUUCCAUCCUCGUGUGCAUACGCCGACGCGUACGACAGCUGGGACGACAAGGCGCAUCAUACUACAUUGUUUUGCUCCUCUUCCCGCAGACAGGACCCCUCAAAAUCAGGCAGACUUCAACGGCCUCGCCUUAAAUCCACUACUCGCCUGCUCUGCUCGCCUCUCGCCUCGUCUGGCCUUCCGUUGCCAUCUCCCAUACCAUCGACGUUAUCGCCUUCGAUACCAUCUUUCAUCUCGACGUAAGGCCCCGUCUCGUCCUAUUCUUCCUCUUCCUCUCUCUCUUCCCCUCUUCAUCCACUUUGUCCACACGAUAUCCGUCUCAAACAUUUCCCGCCACCUCAUCACAUUGGCCAAUCCUAGACCUUGGGCUUGCUCAAGAGGCUAGGACUACAACAUCAGACCUACCAGUGAGGUCCUGGUCGUGACUCACACUCCGUGUCCUAUUCAGCCCUACAACCCCAUGAACCCUCAAGAGAUCUAACACAACCUAGCCGACAGAGUUCUGGACACCCGUGUCAUCACCGUCACCAUGUCCGUCUCCGUCAACCCUCGACGCAGGACUCCGGUGACUCGCCCGGAGUCUCCUGCCGGCACUGGCCUCACUCUUAAGACCAACAGCCUCCGCAAGGGCGCUACCUUCCACUCUCCCACCAGUCCUACCUCUUCUAUGGAUGAUGCCUUGACUGCUGCCCCUCCAAGCCUUCGACGCUCCCAGACCAACCUGGACGACGUUGUCGACGCCCACUGCCGCCGCAUGGCCUUGAUUGUCGACGACAUUGACAAGUCCCUCGCCAACAUCAACCUGGUCUCCCCCAAGACCAAGUCUUUCCGCGACGAUAGUCUUCCCGUUCCCAGAGGCUUCCUCAACCUGCCCGUCGUCGACCCCGCCAUGGCAAAGGAAAAGUCAAAGGAGACGGAACGUCGCAUUCUGCGCCCCAGAACCCGCCGUUCCUCGAGACAUCAUGAAUCAGACAGCGGACUCGGAACCUCUGUCGCCCCCACCACCGAGACAGAGCCUGCAACCACCGCAUCAAAGAAGGCAUCCGCCAUCACAAGGUCCGCUGCCAACACUUCUUCUGCCACCAUGGAGAAGCUUCCCGCCCUCAGCUCCAAGGCUGUCAACCGCAUCCACGAGCACGUCCUCCGCCCACUCCGGGCCAAGCCUGCUCUCAAGGACUUUGAGCCGAUUGUUCUUGACAUCCCCAGACGCAUUAGAGAGAAGGAGAUCAUCUGCCUGAGAGAUCUCGAAAAGACCCUUAUUUUCAUGGCACCCGAGAGGACCAAGACCGCCGCCUUGUACCUCGAUUUCUGCCUGACGUCGAUCCACUGCAUUCAAGCAACCGUGGAAUACCUAAGCGACCGAGAACAGACUCGACCCAACGACCGCCCUUACACUAACGGAUACUUCAUCGAUCUCGUGGAACAGAUUCGCCAGUACGCAGGACAACUCGCUGCCGCCAAGGAGACUGGAUCAGACGCCGCCGAGAUGGACGUCGACCCGACCGACGAGAUCAAGCUCUUCGGAGGUAUCGCUGACAACGGCCGCCCUGCCGAGCUCAUCCGCAUUCGCAAGGACGGAAAGGCCAUUUCAAUGGCCACCGGCCUGGAAGUCGAUCUGGAUGACCCCAAGAGCCCCAUUCAGAUGAAGCGCUCAUUGAGCCAGCAGUUGGAAGAUGACGAGGAGAUUAUGCGUUCCAUGGCUCGCCGCAAGAAGAACGCCAGCCCUGAGGAGCUUGCCCCUAAGAAGUGCCGUGAGCCUGGUUGCAACAAGGAGUUCAAGCGUCCCUGUGACUUGACCAAGCACGAGAAGACUCACUCUCGUCCUUGGAAGUGCCCCGUCACUUCAUGCAAAUACCACAACUAUGGAUGGCCGACCGAGAAGGAGAUGGAUCGCCACCACAACGACAAGCACUCGUCGGCCCCGCCCAUGUACGAGUGCUUGUACAAGCCCUGCCCAUACAAGUCCAAGCGGGAGUCAAACUGCAAACAGCACAUGGAGAAGGCCCAUGGCUGGCAAUACGUUCGCACCAAGACCAACGGCAAGAAGCCCUCGAGCGUUGCCGGCAGUGUCGCCCAAUCCACCCCUCUUCUCAACCAAAUGCCUACUCCCUCUACGAGCAGCGCCGCUACCCCGCCUGCUCCUUUGGACCAGGCUCAGCAGUUCAACUUCAACGACCCUCUCCUCGCUCCCAUGCACCCCAUCGGCCCUGUUGGCGACUUUGCUUCCCACAUUGAUGGCAUGGAGUUCCCUUCCUACAUCUCGGACGAGGAGUUUGACCAAAUGGUUGGUCAGGGCGGGUUCGAUGGACAGAUGGAUUUGGAGAUGUCCCUGUCUCCCUCCGACCACAACACCCCUGCCACCGAAAUCUCGACUGGCCCAUACAUUUACCAGGACGGUCCUGACUUCACGGUGAACGAGGAUAUUUACGGCGCACACGCCCAGAUCCCCACCCCGGACAGAGCCGUCUUCGCUCAGAAGGAGCUGGACAUGGCUUUCCCCAUCUACCAGCCUGUUCCUGCUUGCCAGCCUCAGAUUGCUCCUGCCCAAACUGCACCACACAUCUCUCCUAUUGGUCAGGGCAACGCAAUGCUCUUUACGCCAAACUCGUUGGCCGAGGUUGACGAGGGCUUCGAGGACAACUACGCUGGCGCUGGAAAUGAAUUCUGCGGCAACGACUUCCAGCUGUUCCCUGCCAACAACGUGACCAAGAUGUACGAGCCACUCUUCGGCGAAGUGCCAAGUGCUGGUUUGGGUUACUCGCAAGCGUCACAGGACCCUUUCCAAUCCAUCGACUGGAACUUGGAUUACCAGAACUUUCAAAGCCAGUAAAUGUGUACUAGGGCUUGGUGCGUUGGAAACUUGUGACAAAAACGUUGAUCUGGCACGGGGCCAGCUAAUGAUUUGAUGACUGGAUGGGAUGAGCCUCACAAGAGGUUCGAGGAAGUCGGACGUUCGACUUUUCCUCUUUUGCGUACUUUGUAUUAUUGAUCUCGCACAUCUACGCUGCUUGCUCUAGGACUUGUCUUUUUUCUCAUUUUUGAUUCACAUGAGAUUGACGAUAGAGAAGAUGGUUUUGUGUGGUGGGAUACGUGGUGGUUGGGUAGCCAGACUUGAGAGUCUAUGGUUUGAAACUCCACGAUUUGAGGAAGAGGGUCUAGAGACAUAUCUCGCUCAAUUUGAUAUGGCAUUUUUGAAGCCACAAAAACAGAAAUUCUCCGAGUGCCCGUUGAGCAAUGCCAUGAGAUGAUACACUGACUUGACUGCCACUUGGUAGUCUCGUGUUCGCUGAUGGACAGUUUGCUCUGGGUUCUACGAGGCAAAGAAAAAAAAGACAACAACACCAUACACCAACAACAACGGCAAAAACAUGAAGCAAAGGCACAGCAGCUCUAUCUUGGGCAGUGAGACUUGGGAGCGCAGUGUCCCGGAACUGAUUCGGGACUCCGCGGGGAGAGGUACAUGAAUGACGUGGUGGUUGUGGGAGUAGCUAUGAGUCUUUGCGGCGAAGCCAAGUGUUGUCUUAGCUAUUGACCUCA